AUGGCCCAGAGUGUGGUUUAUGCUGACCUGAGGUUUGCCAAGGUGCCCACAGGACGCAACAUGGCCUGCCAGGCCCUGGAGGCAGUCCUGGGCAUGGAUGAGGCAGAGAGCCCCUACGAGAACAUGCAGCUGGGGCAGACUGGCAGGGAAACCGCCAGCUGCCAUGAGUGCGCGGCGGAGCGCAGUUGCCUCUCGCAGCAGGCGAGCCUGCGGGAGCAGAGCCUGGGGCAGACGUGGCUGGAGCAGGCGCAGGCAGGAGGGGAGCUGCAGCGCACCUGGCUCGAGGGCAACAGCAGCCAGCUGGAGGUGCAGAGCCUGGACUUGGAGCUGGACCACACCAUGGGGGUCCUGGGGACGGUGGAGAAGGAGCUGCAGGACGUGAAGGGGAAGCUCAAUGCCAGUGAGAGCACCGUGAGCAGCCUGCGCUCCUGCUCCAAUAUCGAUUGCUGCCCUUCAGGCUUGGUGAUGUACAGAAGCAAGUGCCUCUUCAUCUCAGCGGAGAAGACCUGGGAGGACAGCAAAGCGUGUGACACAAAAAUUUCUCAACUCCUCAUCACCAAAUCCUGGAGUUGCUGGACCGUGCCAAACUUCCUGAAGAACUCAGACACUCCGUACUGGAUCGGGCUGUACAAGAGCAGCUAUCCCUGGUUCGAGUAUGGGUAUGGGCUGGAGGAAGAGGAUCCGAGUGAAGAGGGUGGGACAGAUGCCUGGAUCUGGAUCGACGGUGCUCUUUAUGAGAGGUCCUGGCAGUGGAAGUCCAAUGGAUCCUGUGCCAUAAUAAGCCAUGGGAGCAUCAAACUCGCUCAGUGCAACGGCGAUGGCGACAUGCACUUCUGGAUCUGCGAGAAGGCACCAGGCCUGAGCAGCCCUUUCCUGUGA